UGUGUGUGUGCGUGAGUGAGUGGAGCUUCGGCGUGAUAUAGACUUGCCUGUCUCUUUUCAGCAGGCGCAUUUGAUCAGGAUGUUGUCCCCUUACACAUCGUGUCAUUUUUAUCUAAUUCUCACACUUAUUAACUCAUGGACAGAUGCUGUGACCAUAACAGAGGCUGUGAACAUCACUGCAGUACGUGGAAGCUCUGUCUGUCUCCCCUGCUCCUCACACCUGUAUGCUGCUGCUACAGUUUCAGUUAAAUGGGCAAAGACUGGAAGCCCUGGAAAACUGUGUGAUUACCGUGUGGUAAAUGGCACAGUGGAAACAAAUUCAAUACAAUGUGAACACCAUGUAAAUGCAACAGAGCAAGUAUCUAUGCUCUGCCUAACUGGAGUCAGGACCAGAGACGCUGGUUAUUAUAACUGUUCAGUAACGAAACACAUACCCCCACCAGCGAUUAGCAGAUGCUAUGAGGUGAAACUUCAUAUAGAAGAUCCACCACAUGUCGUCAUAGAACGAAAGACGACCAACAGAUCAGGCUGCCUUUGGCUACUGUGUGAGCUGAAUGGCAUGGAAUCAGCACAGGUGAACUUCACCUGGAGCAGAAAUGGAGAUGACAUACGUGAAACAUCCAGUUCCCUACACCUGUGUAAACCUGACUGGAGUGAAGGAGACAUCUUCACCUGCAGCAUAAGCCAGUCCUCCAAUCCCACAGGCCUCAGUGUCAACAUCACCAUCACACAGUCAAACUCAACAGUGUAUGGCUCCAAUUCAAAGCUGAUUAUAAUCUGUGUGAGUGCAUUAGCUGGAACUGUGAUCCUCAUCUGCCUGGUCGUCUGUAUGUAUAAGUGUAAGAAAGCUGACUCAAGAGGGGGAUCCAUAGUGUACACCAACAAGGUCUAUGAGAAUUUCAGCUUCAGCAAGGCACGCCCGCCGACAGAGAGGACUGCCACAACACAACGUGAACAAUGCAUUUAUGAGAACUAACAUCUAAUCUUUGCACUUCCGUGGGCGAUAUGGCUCAGGCAGUAAGAGCAGUCGUCUGGCAGUCAGAGGGUUUGCCGGUUUGAUCCCCCGCCCGGGCUGUGUCGAAGUGUCCCUGAGCAAGACACCAUGUCACCCCAUUAUGUGUUGUAUUUAUAUAUAUUGAUGUAUUUUAAUUAAAAAAUGUAUCCCCAUUGUUCCUAUACAGUUGCUGCGACUACAGUUCAGGAGGGUGCGCAACAGGCAGAUGUGCCCUCCGAUAUACCUGCCUGUACUGUAGACUGUUGACCGUGAGUUACAAGGGGCCAGCUUUCAAGCUACUAGAUUCGCCAAUUCAUAUGAAGUCGCUCUCUAGUCAUACCUAUGUUUUUUCACAAAAAUCCUAUUUUCCCAUUGGACUCCAUUUAUGUUAUAAAUGUUAUAAUGCUCACCUGUGUCUGCCCAGAGUGCUGCUCCUCAGUACCUCAGACUUCACUCUGAUUCGGCUUGGUUUCUCAACCUACAAGCCCUGCCCUCCCCCUGCAACAUGGAGAAGGCACUUAUCAAAGGGAAAACCCGCAACCCGAGUGUAGCAACUUCUACAACCGUAACCAUAUCCUGUAUCUUUAUAUGAUGUGUGUAUGUAUUUUAAGUUGAACAUUUCUCUGCGGUAAGGAUCUUAUCUUAAAUUAUCGUAAAUGUUCACAAAUUUAAUGUUGCGUCAGCUUGUGUACAAAGCCAGUACAGACCUGUUGAUACUGCUGCUGUUGAGCCCAGCGCGCUUCCUUCCCUGUCAACUACCGAGCCAGUCUUCUUCCCCUGCAGCACAUAUCUCACACCUGUGUCUAGAGCUAAAGAAACUCACAUUAUAAAGGUAUUUGUUGUUAGAAUAAGAAACUGCAAAUUCUUCAGAGGUCUGACAUAAAAAAAUGCAUUUUGUUCAGUCCACUGCAAUGAUACUUCACCCUUUACUCAUGGAGGAUUAUUUUGUUGUUAUAGGAUUGUGUCCAUAUGUUUCAUCCUACUUUACAAAAAGGCACAGGUCAUUUAAAGCUUCUUUUUGUUUCUCAUGACCUUGUUCGUGACUAAUGAACAUAACAGUUGUUUACUUCUGUUGGACGUUCGGAGUUUGAUCUGUCACUUUAAGAAUUACACAUUUGGUGAUAUUUCCUGUGAUGGACUGGCAACCUGUCCAGGGUGUAUUCCUGCCUUUUGCCCAAUGUAUGCUGGGAUAGGCUCCAGCCCCCCUGCGACCCUGAUCAGGAUAAGCGGGUUCAGAUAAUGGAUGGAUGGAUGGAUGGAUGGUGAUAUUUCGGACUUUCCCAGCUACAUUAGUUUUAAAUAUGACAAACACAUUUUGGUCAUUGUAUCGAUGUUGUGUUGAUUGCCAUCAUCUGCAUCAUAUGUAAUGUAUACAGAGCCCUCAUAAAAUUUGGGACAAAGA